UAAACAAUCCCUCUAAGAGCUAAAACGACCACAAUUGCAGAACAAGAAGAGUGACUUCCCUCAAAAACGCCAUUUCCUUUCAAUUUGAUCAACUGUAAAAAGCUUAAAGACUCGAAUCUUUAGCUUCUUUCAAUAUUAGUUCCUUGCUUGCAUAAAAAAAAGCUUAAAGAAUAAAAUGGCAUCAACGCUGAUUAAGCAAUCGUCAAUUCUGAAAACGCUAACUGGAGGGCUGAGAUUCUUUGCAUCAAAGGAGCUUAUAUCGUCUAUAGUGGGAUCUGACAUAGUCUCGGCUGCACCUGAUGUUUCCCUCCCUAAGGCUUGCUCAUACGAUGAAGGUGUCUCUUCCAAAUUCGCCACCACCCCUUUGCACGACAUUUUUAAGGGGAAGAAAGUUGUCAUCUUUGGCAUCCCUGGAGCGUUCACUGGAGUUUGUUCUGCUCAACAUGUCCCAAGUUACAAGACUAAUGUCGACAAAUUCAAGGCUAAGGGGAUUGAAUCUAUUGUUUGUGUUUCUGUAAAUGACCCAUAUGUGAUGCAUGGAUGGGCUGAAAAACUAGAAGCAAAAAAUGUUAUUGAUUUUUAUGGGGACUUUGAUGCUAGCUUUCACAAGAGCUUGAGCUCGGACUUAACAAUAGACCUAUCUGGCGCUUUGCUUGGAACUCGCUCUCACAGAUGGUCUGCUUAUGUGGAUGAUGGAAUAGUCAAGAUUCUGAAUGUGGAAGAAGCUCCAUCUGACUUCAAAGUCUCAGGCGCUGAUCAUAUGCUUACUCAGCUCCAUUAUCACGAGAUAGUCAGUAAAAAGUUAACUAAUUAGGAAUAUGUAAUAUUUCAAAUGCAAUAAUUUUACAACUAUUGCUUUUGGAUGCUUUUUGAUUUAUGAUGAAAGGUGACUCAUGUUGGAGGAGAUUGGAUCUUCUGUUCUGAUGUGGGUAGCAUAAUGAUAGCCUAGUUGGCUACUGGCCAUGCUCUUCCCACUUUGCUGCUAUGCACAUUUUAGUGAAACAUUUACAGUCUGUUUAA